CUAAUCCCUUUGCCAUAUAAGUCAAGGUUUGACAUUUAGCAAAGGAGACUGAUUGAAUAGUGUGGCACGGGCUUUGAAAGGUUGAAACGAAUAAAUUUGCAUCAGAGCAACAAUAAAGGGGUUACAGAAUUGUGAAAGGAAUUGGGUGUUUCAGUUUGAGGUUUUUUUUUUUCUCUCCACUUUGUAUAAUCUGCUGAUAGUUUUUGCUCUGUGAACACAGGCAAUUUACCGAACAACCGACUACGUGAGUAUUCAAGACGCCCAUCUUUUAAGGCAUAUUAUUAUCAUUCAUGGGUUAAUUCCUUCCUGCUAUAAAGGACAUAGAUGGACAUGGAGAGCACUAUUGUAUGAGCUACUGAACCUAACAAGCCCAACAAGAGAGAAAAAAAGGAAAUGGCGGCAAUUACUGAGCAAGAAUUGGAUUCCCUUCUCUCCAGUUUCGAUCAGAUCUACGAGGAUUUCAAGAGUGGCGUCUCCGAGAUCCAAUUUUUGAGAUUGAGUUGUAAUGCAGCAACUAAAGAGAGAGAAGCUCUCGAGGUCAUUUGUAAUAGCCUCAAACAAGAGAAUGAGCAGCUGAAAAUUUUUUACACAGAUUCUUUAAAGAAUCUGGUUGAUCAGCUUGAAUGGCGUACCGAAUGUCAGAGCUUGAAAGAAGAACUGAAGAAAGUGAGUGAGGAACAUAUCAGUAAAGAAGCUGAAUAUUUGAAGACCAUGGAAUUACUUGCGAAGGAUUGUGCAACAAAGGUUGCAGACUAUGAAGCUCAGAUAAGAGGCCUCCUUCUGGAUAAAUCGACGCAUGAAGCAACAAUAAAUCAGCUCCACCAAGAUUUAAUAGCACAUGAAACCCACAUACAGGUUUUGGCAAAUAGAUUAGAACAGGUUUCCUUCAAUGAGGAGUCAAAAUAUCUUUUUGAGAUUCAGGAUUUGAAGGAUUGUCUACUGGUUGAACAGGAAGAGAAAACUACAUUAAGUAGGAGACUUCAGGACUUGGAAAAGGAACUGCUGUUGAGCAAAACAAGGCAGGUUGAACAACAAAGGGAUUUUACUUCCAAUCAGCAUGUUGAAACACUGAAGGUGAAGAUCAUGAAACUAAGGAAGGAGAAUGAGAUCCUAAAAAGGAAGCUCUCUCAUUCAGAAGAGGGCUAGAGGAGUGGUGUGUCACGAUUAUGAUUAGACACACAGAAAGCUAGUUUUAGCAGUCUCAAUUGGGUCAUUCUGUUGGGGAACUUAUUGAUGCAAUUAAUUUUUGCUACUUUCAGCAAUGGGAUAAA